CUCGUCAACACCCCCCCAAACAGGACGAUAAUGGUACGGUCCGCUGUCAAUUUGAAAUAGCACAUUUCAAGGGCAGUUAUAACUAGUGUGUGUUUCUACUCCUGUGAACACUGUUAUGAUGAACAUGCUGUGCAGAGUCGGACAGAUACGCAGGUGUGCAGCCAGCCUCAGCCAAGCUGUAAACCAGGUAGCUGCAUCAAGGCAGAAGCACACGCUCCCUGACCUGACCUAUGACUAUGGAGCCCUGGAGCCCCACAUCAAUGCAGAGAUAAUGCAGCUGCACCACAGCAAGCACCAUGCCACAUAUGUCAACAACCUCAACGUCACAGAGGAGAAAUACCAGGAGGCACUUGCAAAGGGCGAUGUGACGGCACAGGUUGCCCUCCAGCCUGCUCUGAGGUUUAAUGGAGGAGGCCACAUUAACCACACUAUCUUCUGGACAAACCUCUCUCCAAACGGUGGAGGCGAGCCACAGGGGGAGCUGAUGGAGGCCAUUAAGCGGGACUUUGGCUCCUUCCAGAAGAUGAAGGAGAAGAUGUCUGCGGCUACAGUGGCGGUUCAGGGCUCGGGCUGGGGCUGGCUGGGCUACGAGAAGGAGAGCGGAAGACUUCGUAUCGCUGCUUGUGCUAACCAGGAUCCCCUGCAUGGAACUACAGGUCUCAUCCCCCUCCUUGGUAUCGACGUAUGGGAGCAUGCCUACUACCUUCAGUACAAAAACGUGCGUCCGGACUACGUUAAGGCGAUCUGGAAUGCCAUCAACUGGGAGAAUGUGAGCGAGCGUCUCCAGACAGCCAAAAAGUAGAAACUAAUCCUCAAGUAUCUCUUUUCACCCUGACCUGGGUCAAAUAGUAGUUGCAAAUAAUGUUCAGUUUGACGUUGCAUGGAGCACCUGAGUGAUGGUGUUUUUUGUAUUCUGAUUUACGACCGUUUGGACUUUCAGAUGAUCAGCUGCUUUAAAUUUGAUUAAAUUAACUUUAAAGUAUUUACCGUACGUUUACCCUGUACACACACAGGUUGAAGCAAACUUUAAAAAAUGAUUUGCAAUCGCUUUUUAUCUCAGGUCUUUUCCCGACCUCUAUACGUUCAUCAAGCGCACAAAUUGGCCACCUUUCACAUCAAGGCUGGCUAUUAUUAAUCACACCCAGAUAUUGGCUGCCAUACAUGUACACUAGGUGUCCGAUGACCAGAGUGCAUAUUCAGUGGGCUUUGUCUUUGUCAGAAUAAGUUGCACUAAAAUCAGACAAUAUUAUUGCAGUCCAUGUUUUUGAUGUAAUAUAAUAAAAUUAUAUUUCAAUU